AAUAAAACUCAAAAACUUACGAGCCCCUUCACUUUAUUUCAUCAUUAAUUACUAAGUAAAGCUGAGAAAUGGCUCAUGCUAAUAGGGGUUCUUUAAACAUGCUGAUUUUAUGCUUCACCUUCUUCCUCUUACUUAAUCUUUCUCAUAAUUUUGCCUUGGCCUUCACUUCUCAUGAUUACUCUGUUGCUCUUGAGAAAUCCAUUAUCUUCUUCGAGGGACAGAGGUCCGGAAAAUUGCCUGCUAAUCAACGACUUCCGUGGAGGGGUGAUUCUGGCUUGUCUGAUGGUUCCGGUUACCAUGUUGAUCUAGUUGGAGGAUAUUAUGAUGCAGGGGACAAUGUUAAGUUUGGAUUGCCAAUGGCCUUCACCACAACUCUACUAGCAUGGAGUGUAAUCGAAUUCGGGAGCUCCAUGCACAACCAACUUGACCAUGCAAAAGAAGCCAUUCGUUGGAGUACUGAUUAUCUUCUUAAAGCAGCCACAGCUAGCCCCGACGCAUUAUACGUUCAAGUAGGAGACCCUAACCAAGAUCACAGGUGCUGGGAGAGACCCGAGGACAUGGAUACGCCUCGCACCGUCUACAAAGUGUCCCCUCAAAAUCCAGGUUCUGAUGUUGCUGCUGAGACUGCUGCUGCAUUGGCUGCUGCCUCUAUUGUGUUCAAAGAUUCUGACCCUUCUUAUUCCUCUACAUUAUUGAAAACUGCACAAAAGGUGUUUGCUUUUGCGGACAAGUACAGAGGUGCCUAUAGUGAGAGUCUCAGUUCAAUGGUCUGCCCAUUUUACUGCUCUUAUUCUGGAUACAAUGAUGAACUUCUAUGGGGAGCAUCAUGGCUUCAUAGAGCUUCAAAAGACACUUCUUAUCUUGCUUAUAUCCAAUCAAAUGGUCAAACUAUGGGUGCUAAUGAUGAUGACUACUCCUUCAGUUGGGAUGACAAGAGACCUGGAACCAAAAUUAUUCUCUCAAAGGACUUUUUGGAGAAGAGUAUUCAAGAAUUCCAAGCAUACAAAGUUCACUCAGACAAUUAUAUCUGCUCUCUAAUUCCAGGCUCACCUAGCUUCCAAGCUCAGUAUACCCCAGGGGGGCUAUUAUACAAAGGAAGUGGAAGCAAUCUCCAAUACGUGACAUCUUCAUCGUUUCUCCUAUUAACCUAUGCCAAAUACUUGAGGUCAAAUGGAGGGGCUGUGUCCUGUGGGAGUUCAAGAUUUCCUGCAGAGAAGCUCGUCGAGCUUGCAAAGAAACAAGUGGAUUACAUAUUAGGAGAUAAUCCAGCAAGAAUAUCGUACAUGGUUGGUUUCGGACAAAAGUAUCCACUUCGUGUGCACCAUAGAGGUUCAUCUCUACCAUCAGUGCAUGCACAUCCUGCUAAAAUUGGCUGCAAUGAUGGGUUCCAGUCUUUGAAUUCGGGGUCGCCUAAUCCAAACGUUCUCGUGGGAGCCAUCGUGGGUGGUCCUGACAGUAGAGACAACUUUGAAGAUGACAGGAACAAUUAUCAGCAAUCGGAACCUGCUACAUACAUUAAUGCACCACUAGUUGGGGCUCUUGCUUUCUUGUCUGCCGAAUCCACACCAAACUAGUAGUCACAUAUAUAUGGUUGAAUAUUAGCGUUCUUCUAUGCUCUAUAUUAACUAAGUCUUGUAGUAAAGAAGAGGAGCAUGGUUUCUUGGUAGCUCAAGAUAAUUGUAAAAUGAAGGUUACACUAAAUAUUUUAAUUUAGGUGUUUAUUUUUCCUUCUAUGCAUUCAGCAUGUAGUCCAGAGGAAUUCUUGGUUCCUCUAGGAUGUUAAGACCCUUAAAAUGCUUGAUAUGACUUAUUAUUCACUUGUUCCAAAUUGAAUAAUCAGCAAUCUAUCUGAA